AUGCUUUGGAGGCGCCUCAGACGCGUUUUUGGAGUAUUCACAACACCCCCUUUCAACAAUAUAGUAGUCACAGCUCCGCCCCGCAUCCGAUGCAUCACAGUCCCUGCCUGCCUUUCUCUCUUCCCUCUCCCCAUCCCUCCCAGUCCCCAUGCCUCCCAGUCCCCAUGCCUCCCAGUCCCCAUGCCUCCCAGUCCCCAUCCCUCCCAGCCCCCAUGCCUCCCCAUGCCUCCCCAUGCCUCCCCACUCCCUCUCGUGUGUGCAGGAGCAGCAGUGGGUGUGGCAGCACGCUCCGGUGUUGGCAGAGCAGCAGCAGACGGAGAGACAGGAGAGAGAACCUGCCCAAUCACCCACAAACACUCCCAAUCUCUCCCAACCACUCCCAACCACUCCUUACCAUCCGUCUCAUGCGCGCAGGAGCAGCAGUGGGUGUGGCAGCACGCUCCUGUGUUGGCAGAGCAGCAGGAGACGGAGAGAGAGGAGAACGGCAGAGGGGAGGGCAGGGAGGCAACAGGGGAGACAGAAAGAGGUGCAGCAGUGGAAGCAGCUGCGGCGGCAGAGGCAACAGCAAGGAGAGGAGGAGGCAGAAGAGGGGAGGAGGGGAAGGUGGGGGAGAGUGGUGAGGAGGAGGCAGGGGAGAUAGAGAGGGCUGUUGGCAUUGUGCAUGGCGUUCCUUUCACUGAGAAGAGAAGUACUUUCCAGGCCCACCUGGCACCUGUGGGCUCGCCUGCUGACGUGGCAGCGGUGAUGGACGUCCUCUUGGCCAAUCGCAAGAUAGCAGGCGCCACGCACAACAUCAUGGCCUAUCGGAUCGUGACAGCUGGUGCAAAUGGAAGCACUCAGGUCAUUCAGGGCAAUGACAACGAUGGGGAGGCAGCAGCAGGGAGCAGGACGUCUCAAAAGUCGUCUCCUUGUUGCUCCCAGCAGGUUAUUCAUGAGAACGACGACGAUGGGGAGGCAGCAGCAGUAUGGGGCAGCAGGUCAUUCAAGAGAACGACGACGAUGGGGAAGCAGCAGUAUGGGGCAGGCAGAGAGUGGGUGGGCUGUAUGGGGCUGCUAACUCCUCUUUACUCCUUCGUACCCCUCUUGCUCACCCUUUCCCCCUCCCAGCAGGUCAUUCGGGACAAUGGCGAUGAUGGGGCGGCAGCAGCAGGGGACAGGUUGCUAGUGGGUGGGGCGAAUGGGGCUGCUUAUUCCUACUUACUCCCUCUUACUCCCUCUUACUCCCUCUGA